CACCUGUUCUGCCCUCCCCUCCCUUCUGCUCCCCGUACUUAGCUUAGCACUGUACUGUACAGGAGAUGCUUUACAGGCUGUCUCCCCCAACCUACUCGUAAUCCAGGCCUACCCAUCCUAUCUCAUCCACGAUCCUCAUCUCACUCUCACUCUCACUCUCGCCCCUAUCUAUUCACUCACAGUGUAUCUCGAGUACUCGUACUGCAAGUUCAUUCUAUGUCCACUAUUUUCCUGAGACACCCUCCAGCGUCGCCAACCACGAUCGUCAGAACAGAAGGCAGAAACAACAAGUUGCGGUUCCAGUUCCAGCGCCCAACCCGCGUGGAAGUCCCCGCCUAACAGGCCAAUCAGCUCCACUAGGAAGACCCCACAUCCCUCUAGCUGCCACUGCCACGGCCACGGCCACUGCCACUCGCUGCCACGGCCAUCGGCCACGAAUAUAGCACAGGUUGUUCCUCCCCUCCAACAUCCACCAUCCGACCCUAAACUCUCAACACCAACCUUGGUGCGUUGACGACACUCUCGCUUUGAACACACCCGCAAGCCUAUUCCUAUUGAGCAGCACCCCAUUGCCAGUGCUGCCCGCAACCCGACCCAGCAGUUGUAUCUCGCGGUCACAACGACUACAUCCUACAUUUCUUUAUUCGCAACGCCUGCGCCGACACAUCUUUUUGAGUCGCGAUGGCUCACCACCAAUCGAGCCACCAGGUUGUGAAACCACCGACGACCAUCUCAAGCAUGCUGAAUGAGCCCACGGUUCUCAAAGAACCCAAGAACAACAGAGAUAGCGCGUAUGCCUCACAAAACAAUUCAAAGCGUAAGCAUCCCUCCUAAUUUUUGCCGCUUGUCAUUCUGGUGAUGGGCUGUCAGGAGGAAGACUAAUUCAUGAAUGAGCGCUUGCAGACUCCAGCCUCUCACACACCCACAAUGGAAUCGGUGGACAGCACCUGGGCUCAGCAGAUUCUUGUGGAGUGGAAAAGACACCGUCCCCAGUUACGCAUGGCCUGCACCAGCAUCAAUUGAGUUCUCCCUCGGGGGCGAUGAGUGUGGCAUCAAUUGUAUCGCCUACGAUUCCAGAGCAUCAUGAAGCUAUGGCAGGUGGAAAUCGGUUGAGCGUUCAGACCAUUGACUCUGCGCUUCACAGUGGCUCUUUCAAUGGAGAUUCUCGCCGCGAGUCGGUCGAUAGUCGCCUGGGCGCCAACUUUGGAGACAUGCGCCUGUCUGGACAAUCUGGUGCUUCUCCCUACACCUCAAAUAAUAUAUCCACAACAUCCCUUCAAUCCUCGCUUGCGCAACAGAGAAAUCCUGGCGCAACAGAACGCCCUGCGCUUGGCUUUAGAUAUUCCGACCAAUUCUCCCCAAGAUCCUCUCGAUUUUCUGCAAGUAGCGACCCAAUUUCGCCAACAAGAGGCAUUCUACAAAAAACCGCACCGCCAAUUCAUGGCCCACCAUCCAGAGAUAUCGCAGAGGCCCCUCAUGCUAUUCCUGGUCAGGCCUGGGCGUUGGAUUUCUCCGCCGAUCCGUCUGAUGAUAAUGUUAAUAGGAACGGGACAUCAUUUUUCAAUGAUGACUCGCGCCGAAAUUCCUUCACAGAGUCAAUCGCCAGUAGCCAGUAUACUACGGAAUCACGGAUGCCACAGGGCCAGCGACGACUGGAUGAUCCUUCAGACCCCAACAAUCGCCUGUCAAGAGCCUCCUCUGAACUUCAAGUAUCGACACACCAUCACUCCCUUCAACAUCGACAAGUCGCUGAUCUGCAGUCGGAAAAUGGAACUUCGCCUGGUGGUAGCCAGCCCUACUCUCGAACCCCCGAGUUGAGAGUUUCCCACAAACUUGCUGAACGUAAGCGACGAACAGAGAUGAAGGACCUGUUUGACCAAUUGCGCGACCUUAUGCCUCAGGAACGUGGCUCAAAAGCAUCUAAAUGGGAAAUCCUAACUAAAGGUAAGUCGAUCCCAUAGUCCUAUCUUUCAAAAAGGAAAAAAAAGGAGCGUCAUUCUAAUCAGGCGUUAGCAAUUGCGGAAUAUGGCAGAGCGAUGACCGAUAUAACUCGAUUGUCUAGCAAGAUCCGCGGCCUGGAGCAAGAGUUAGAGACUUCCCGACGUGAGGCUGCUGCUCUUAGACUGGAAAACAGCCAGCUCCGAGGAGAAUUGGCCGGCUUCGCUAACACACACCGGCUACCCCCACAGCCUCCGAUGAACAACGACUACUCUCAAGGCAACUCGAUCUACGGCGGAGGUGUUAUGGAUAGGGGAACGCGUGGUCACGAUACAUACGUUCUAAGAUCCGCGGAGCAGCUACCCCCAAUUCGAAACGCCAUAAGUGGUCAUUCCCAACAGGCAGAUGCCAUGAGCGGAAUCCAAUACCAGCAAAGUGGUUACCGUGCCGGAGGUGACCAUUUUUGAAGUCCACUUAGACCUCCUACCAUCUUGGCGGCUUUGCCUCUGACAUGAUGGAUUUACUGAACGCCAUCCUAUUGCUUGGGGCACGAAUAUUGAACCGAACGUCUCCCCCUACGACCGAAUUCGAAUGCUUAAACGUGGAUCUUGGUUUCUCUGAGGCCAACUUUUAUAAAGCAUUCACUCAGCAAGUUGGUAAUGUGAUGCUUGAUGCAUCGCUCCUUCAAUUCGCAAAACCCACAUACAUGUUGAAUACAACACAAAUCUUUUUCAUUUAUCCUCGUGGCGGCAGUACCGAUGAAUACUUGGAACGCAAGCGUCAUACGUGUUGAUAUGGAGUCAUAUUGCCUUUCUUUUUCUGUAGGAAUAUUUUUCUUUUGUCGGUUAUACGUUUUCAAGAAUACCCUUCAACAUCCGGUGGUUCGCUGUAUUUCUUUGAAGAAAUCAACACCCACGCAAGACAACAAGGGCGCUUUGAAGGGGGUGGUGUGGUACAUAUUUAGGGUACGGUCGAGAUCUGAUGAGGCGUUACGCGUGCUCCAGAUAAUUGGACAAAAGCAUGGAAUUUGGAAAUGGGAUAUGUUGGCGUUUGAUAUACCCGCACUGGUUUACUUGAUCUUGGUAUAACUCUUGCCCAUCAGAAAUUCCAUUGCAAAAAUGGGUUUACAAUGGGGAGGAGGGAGAUUGGGGUCCCAAUUGUGCACCGAGAAGAUUUUUCUAGUUGAGUUUCGAAUUAGGGUUGGCUCUACAAAUGUGGCGUCAUAGAAUAAUAGGUUGGAUGGGCC